CCUGAUUUUCACUUUUCUUAUACAAUAUAAAUGCUAGCCCUUUUGUGUGAUUGUAUUGAGUUCUCUAUAUGUUUUUUUGACUGAAUGACUGAAAAUUACCUAGAUGCUGUUGAGCAUCCACCGGUGUGGCUGUUGCAUGUCAGAAAGAGAAUAUUCUACAUGCCUCUUUAAAUUGAAACCUGUUACAGCUGGACUCUGGCCAUAAUACUCAUGGUUCUAGUAUUUGUAGGAUAAAAGGAGUGAAGGCAGACCCAGUGGGCUAGUAAUACAAGUUGUUAUAGUUAUCCACCCAACUCCUAUCCUGGUGCUUGACUAAGGGACGAAUAAUUUUUUGUGGUGCUUAAAUUAGACUGUUCUCUGCUAUAUGCAGCUUGCUGUGUUGUUGCCAAAGAUACUGUUGGGAAGCAAAUUUCUAUUGCAUUUCUGGAACGCAUGAAAGCAGACUUUAAGAAAAGAUAUGGGGGUGGAAAAGCAGAUACUGCUACUGCCAAGAGUCUCAAUAAGGAGUUUGGGCCAAUUAUGAAAGAACACAUGAAGUACAUUAUUGAACAUGCUGAAGAGAUUGAAAAGCUUUUGAAAGUGAAGGCUCAAGUUUCAGAAGUUAAAAGUAUAAUGUUGGAGAACAUUGACAAGGCUCUUGAGAGAGGGGAAAACCUAACGACUCUAGCUGACAAGACAGAGAACUUACGUAAUCAGCUCCGCUUUAGGUAUUGGAAUUUUAGGAAUUUAAGGUAUUCAGAGAUGAAUGAAGGAAAAGGGGAGGAUUCCCGUGUCUGAUUAUUUUGGGGGCAAACAUUUGGACUUCUAGAAAAUUCCAUGAAUUUGUUAGACACGGGAGAAUUGGAAUUGGUGGGAAGAGAAUUAGGGCAUUCUCGAGCCAACAUAGGGGAAGUGAAUGCUCGAUAAAUUUUCUCCUUUUCCUAUAUUUUCUCGGCAUCCAAACAGCAGGAUCUAGCAUAAAAGUUAAUGCAUAAAAGAUAAAUUUGUUAAUGUUGCAGAUCUCAGAAUCUAAUUCAGCAGCUACUCACUACAACUCGGAAGACAAAUCUCAAAUUGAGCUCAUGCCUUAUCUGCAGCAGAAACCCAGAUGUGGGUUCUGCUGUAGAACCCGAUCUAGGUGCUUGAAUGCUUGGUUGAAUUUUGCUGAGAUUUGUUCUUGUUGUAAUUUGGGAAAUGGGAUUAGAGAGAGGGUAAAUUUGUAAUUUUAUCCUUAUAUUUUUUGGUUUUGUUUUGGUUAUGUGCGGGGUGCACACCCGAGUGUUGGAUCCGGGUGUGCACCACUCAUUAUCCUUAAUAAUAUAACAUUCCAUCA